AUGUUUCCGACCGAAGAUGAAAUUGAACAACUGGUCAUGCGUGUGAGUUUUCAAGAGCAACAAAUCCAAACUCAAGAACAAGAAAUCAAAGAGUUGAAAAACGAAAUUAUUCGAUUGAAAACCCAACUGAACAUUGCUCUCCAACAACAACCACAAUCACCACAACAACAGUUUCCCUCUUCAUCGUCGUUGCACAUUUCUUCUCUGAACAACAACAAUAGACAUUAUUUAACAAGAUCGGCCUCCAGUGGUGGCAUUCUGCCAUUUCAUCCAAACCAUGUCCUGAAUCAUAACCACAGCAACAACAACCAACAGUCACCAUCUAAAAGCUCACGUCGAUCACACCACCAACUACCCUCCACGCCCCUUUUCGAACAAUCCAGAAUUGUGAAGGAGUAUGAAGAUCAAAAGAAACGACGUGUCAGCAGAAUUUCUCGAGAGUCGCGACUCGUUGAAAGUCAUGAUCCACACAAUGAAAUUAGUCCAAACAGCAGCAUUGAAUCAGCUGAUUCCACAAUAAGAUCUUCCUUUUUCCGAUCUCCACACAACAACAGCCAAAUUUAUUUGAAUUCACCGAUUGGUGGCAAUGAUCAUAGAAGUGAAGGGUAUUCACGUGGAAAUUUCACUAGGAGGACUGGAUUGACUGGAUCCUCCACAUCACACUACUCCACACCCUCCUCAUCGAUGGAAGUUUCUUCCAGCUCCUCAUCAAUGAAUCGACGAUCCGCACAACCAUCGAUUAAUCUCGAUGAAGAGUUGGCUCGUCAGUUGCAAUACGGAGCUAGUCCUUCGGAAUUUGAGGACACUUCCUUUUUAUCACAACAGGGAUUUAUUUCAUCGGAACCUUUCCAUGAUGACUCUUCGCCAUUGUCAUCAAGUGAUGAAUAUCAUGGAGUUUCAUCUAAUAGAAGAAGAAGUAGUAGUAGCAACCUAUUGAAUGUAAAUAAUAAUAAUACUUUCAAUGACAUGAAUAGUUAUGAACAACUGAGACAACUUGAAGAUGUGAAGGUUGGAGUAAAACCAGAAAUUCUGAAACGAUUGAGCAACAUUCCUUUUCAAGGGGGCAAAGCCAUGAUAUCAAAAUGCUCCAUAUGUUUGAACCAUUUUUCAAAAGACGAAACAAUCACCUACUUGCCAUGUCUCCACUAUUAUCAUCAUUCAUGCAUCAUGAAAUGGUUCAAAGAUAAUCAUACUUGUCCCAUUUGUAAAUUCGAUUUAAAUGACGACCACUCACUACAAUAA